AUGCUACUCUAUUUCGCAACCCUUAUUCUCUACCUACAAAAUUCGAUCGACAGCAGCGUCGCCACAAAACGCCACAAAAUCUCGGUGCUCAUUUUUGGGGCGCCGAAGUUCGAGGAUACGGUGCAUUUCGUACAGGAUUACCUCUCGCUCGUCUCAACCACCGCCUUCACAUUGGGCCUCUACCAAGUGCCAGUCGUGGCCGGCAUGGUCAGGGAUGAAGAUUUUGGGCAAAAGCUCGUCUACCCGAGCUUCAUCCGGCCGACGCCCUCCUUCAGCGACGAGGCCCAUGUUUUCCUGUUUUUGCUCGAGAAAUUAAACUAUCGGCAGGUCAGCCUAAUCCACGUUAAAGGCGAUAGAAACGGAGCGGCAUUCAAGUUGGCCUUCCGGCAGAAGCGGAAAAUUUUUAAAAUACACGUGCAAUCGUACGUGGAGGUCGAGUUGAACGAGGAGCUGAACAACACGAUAGCAGAGAAAUUUGAGGAAAUCACGUCGAAUAUUAUAGUGCUGUUCGCAAAGAAAAAGGCAGCUGAAACGAUAUUUUCGGCUUGUCCACAGCUAACCUCUGGUGGAAAGUUGUGGCUGAUGAAUGAAGAAGCCAUGAAAGCUGUCAAUUCACCAAUUGCCGUCGGCGAUGGAGUGGCCGGGCUACAACCACCAACAACCUGCGAAAAAGACGCAAACGCGAAGGGUGUCGAUUUAUGGUCUACGAUCCAAGCGCCAUUAAUUUAUCGCUAUUUCUGCUCCCCCGCCUCCUCCCGCCUCUUUUUCAACGAGGUCUGCGCCCGCGAGGCCAUAAACUACGAUUUGUUGAACAAGAGUCCGGACGGGAUACGGUAUAUCGGGAAUGUGACCGAUGACAUCCUAAAACUCGACGAGUGGAAGAUAUUUUGGCCUGGUGCAACGGCCAAGCCACUGGAGAUUACCUUACCUAGGCAUUUACGGGUGGUUACGGUUGACGAUCCGCCAUUUGUCUACGCGAUUCCGAUUCAAAAUUUGAGCCUUUGUGACGAGUUGGGCGAGCAGGAGAUAAGACUGUCGGAUGAUGGGAGCAUUAAUAUCGCUGGCCCGUGGUAUCCAUGCCCCAAGCGGGUCCCAAACACGCGACGCUCCGAUCCGUUCUGCUGCGCUGGCUACGCGAUCGAUUUGCUCUCUAAUAUGUCGCUGCCAGAAACGGGUAGCUGGCUGGACACAUCAUUCUCUUUCUCUCUUCACUUGAACGAGAGCUAUGGUGUGGUCACCGCGCAUCCCCAAGACGGAAUGUUACUCUCUGGGGCACUGGGCGAGCUUGUGUUUGAUCUGGCUGAUAUGGCUGUAGGGGGAAUGACGAUCAAUCCGGAGCGGGAGCGUUUUAUCGACUUUUCGGAGCCAUGGCUGUACCAUGGGAUCCGAGUCAUGGAGAAAUCGAAUCCUCGAGGCUCCCCGAUGCAAUCGUUUCUUCAACCGAUGAAAUCCUCAUUAUGGGGAGCUCUCUCCGUAUCUGUACUUCUGGUCGGAUGCGUCAUUUUUCUGCUCGAUUUCCACAGCCCAUUCGAUCGAUUUUAUAAGCUCGACGCCGGCGGUUUGGACCCGCAAGACCCAUUCCUAAAGCAAGCCCAAGACGACCGAGUCGAUUUCGGGGAGGCGAUGUGGUUCGUCUGGGGCGUGCUGCUCAAUUCGGGAGUUUCGGAAAAAACACCCCGCUCUUUCUCGGCUCGGGUUCUCGGAAUCGUGUGGUGCGGCUUCUGCAUGAUCAUCGUCGCCUCCUAUACGGCUAACCUGGCAGCGUUUUUGGUGUUGGAUCAGCCGGAGAAGGGACUUACCGGGAUUGCCGAUCCGAGGCUCCGGAACCCCUCUACCAACUUCUCAGCGGCUACCGUGUUGAAUUCAAACGUUUAUCAGUAUUUCAAGCGCCAUGUCGAGCUAUCUACGAUGUUCCGAAAAAUGGAAGCGCACAACGUGCACAAACCCGGGGAUGCCAUUAAUGCGCUGUUGAACGGGUCUCUGGAUGCGUUCAUCUGGGACUCGAGUCGGCUGGAGUUUGAGGCUUCCAGGAGAUGCUCUUUGAGAACGCGUGGAUCCUUAUUCGGCCGUUCGGCGUAUGGUAUCGGACUGCAGCGGAACAGCCCGUGGACCCAACAUAUUACGGCUGCAGUGCUGCGAAUGACGGAAAGCGGCCAAAUGGAGGCGCUGGAUAAGAAGUGGAUUUCCAUACCUUCACAAUGUGCUGUAGACGCUCACAAGUCACCGGCACGGCUUGGCCUAACCAACAUGCGCGACGUGUUCGUGCUGGUCACGGCGGGGGUGGUGGCCGGGUGCUUUUUCAGCGCCAUCGAGGUCAUCUACGGCCGGAAGCGGGCUCUGAAAGGCCGAAGAAACGAGAUCGCGAAGCGCUACUUCACCAAGUGGCAAAAGCUGACCGACAAUCGAGGCUCGAGACAAUUUCCGCGUCGCUACCAGCUAAUGCGACCCGUGAUUCGACGAGGAUUUGCUGGCAAGGAGGCAGUCGCUUUGGACGAAUGCCGCCGGAAGUUGAUCGCUCGCCAGAUGCGGAUCCCGCCCGUCGACGUCCGCAUAGAGGGCGAUUUUGUGCCGUCGUAUCGAUACGGCCGCGUCCCGAUCAUCACGUUUUGCAGUCGAUGCAGGCAACUAAUCGAGACGGAAACCCGGGAAGAAACCGGCAUUUUUGCCGUAUGGCUGUGCAUCGCGUUGGCUUGCCUUUUGUUAUGGCCGUGCGCUCCACUGCCCUGUUUCCUACCGAUCUGCCAGGAUAUUGCCCACAUCUGCCCCCACUGUCGGCAUGUUCAGGGGAGAGCAAGGAGGGGCAGGAGGCCCAAGUUUUAUGUC